GAAAAUAUCCAUCAAAGUCAUCACAAACAUGACAUUCACAUACACAAACGACCAAGGCUUUCCUCAUCACGUCUGCGAUAUUCACGGCAUCCGCGUAUCGCAGCUGCCAAAAGAAAGUAAUCUAAGCAUCAUCCAGGACACAACAAACGCAACAAACACCACCCAACCUCCAUCAUCCACCAUCAGAGAAUGGCGAUCUCUCGGCAAAGGCAAUUGCGGCAGUGUCUGGACGGCAGGCAACGCAAACUGGGUAAUAAAGCGCGAAGACUGCAGUCAAACCCGCUUCCUCUGGAAAGAAUACUAUAUCCAAAACCGUAUUCGCUCCGCUCUGUCCGACAUACCCAAUGCCAUUCUCAUACCUCAAUCUUUCUGGUACACUUCUCCUCCAGAUACAUUGCAUCUCCCAGAACUCGAGAUGGAAGCUUGUAACACUAUGUGCUCUGAACGAAUACCACCACUUUCGAGAUCAUUCAGAGACAGAUUGAUCGACCAUGCUAUUCCCAAGCAUGCAGAGUCCGCGAAACAAUUGGAAACAGAUUGUAUAGCUCGUGUUUAUCUGGGCAAAUACCGGACAGGAGGUAAUGCAGCUCACUACUCGCUCAAGAAUCUGCCAUUAUGGUUGAACGUGCUGCAAGAGCUACAAAUGCCGACGAACGAGUAUGCGGCAACGAUGGGACAAACUCUUGCACUGCUCCAUUGGGCUGCAGAAAUCGAUGCAAACGAUGUGGAGUUUGUCUUAGGCUCACCUCGACAGCUUUCUGAGCCAGGGUUAAUGUCAAAAGUGGAGACGAUAGCGAGAUUGAGAUAUAACACAUCCACUCGUCUGGGCUAUGGAAUGCAACAAGAACCAUCGCAAGAUCUCGUCAUCGAUGAAGGAAGCCAAAUAUCUUCUCUCUGGAUCUUGGACUUUGACUGCUGCGAUGCAAUCACCAUGGAUGUCACCGGUGCAGAGAAAGCAGCCGUCGCCGUUGUAAGGAACGAUCCUUAUACGCCGAAACCAUGCCAGCUUGGAGAUCAUGACUACGAGUUAUGGAAAGCGUUUAAAGACGCAUAUCUCGCGAAGGGGGCACAAGUCGUCGAGUUGAGAAGACUAGACAAGGACUUGCCAGAGGUGUUCAUCCAGCGCUUGGAACUGUUUUUUCAAAUGAAGAAGGAAGGAAAAGAACUACCGAAGUUUCACAGAGGUCCGUUCUGUGCACCUCUUUCUCAAUAGGCCAAGCAAUUGCAAGAGACUCAACAUAUCGUACAUUCCUAUAUCUGCAGCCAAAUAUAUACAAAUAACUCUCAG